AUGAGCUUUUCAAACGGAAAGAGAGAGAGAGAGAAAAGAAGCUCGACAAAGAUCGGAGAGCAAAGAACAGAAUCACCCUCCGGAGCUCCGUCCCCGGUCAAUCUCCGGUCGACCGAAGCAACCUGCAAGAUAGCAGGACAAACAUGGUGUUUGUGUAGAAAGCUCCAACGAGUUAACUUGGUCGCACUAUUUCGUGUCUUGUUAAUUUUGUAUGGGGAGUGGCAAGAUGCUCAUAUGGAGGUUAGGUACACGGAUGUGGACUAUUUUGUGUUUUCUGAUGCUGCUGCCUUAAUGGCAUAUGGAAAAUCACCUUACCAAAGAUCAACAUAUCGAUAUUCGCCGCUUAUUGCUUUUCUUCUCAUGCCUAAUUCAUUUCUACAUCAUUCGUGGGGAAAAUUUCUUUUCUCAACAUCAGAUCUUUUGGUGGGGUUUCUUAUCCACAGAAUUUUGAAGUUACGAGGGGUUCCUGAGAAUAUCUGCACUUAUUCCACAAUGCUAUGGCUUUUCAACCCAUUUACCUUCACCAUUGGAACGCGUGGCAACUGUGAGCCCAUUGUUUGCUCCAUGAUUCUUUGGAUCUUAAUGUGUUUGAUGAAUGAUCGUCUCUUGCAGGCUGCAUUCUGGUAUGGGCUUGUUGUCCACAUGAGAAUAUAUCCAAUAAUAUACGCAAUACCUAUCAUCUUAGUUCUUGAUCCCCUUCAUUUUCGACCUGGUAAAAAGCCAUCCCUUGUGCAUUGGAGUUCCAGAUCGUCAAACACAUCCGGGGCCUGGAAGAACUCAAAAAUCACUUAUUCCAACUAUAUCUUUAACUUUCUCAUAAGCAUAUUCACUUGGAGAAGACUUGUGUUUGGGAUUAUCUCAGCAUCUACGUUCUUCAUCUUGACCGGAUUGUCAUUCUAUUUAUAUGGAUGGGAUUUCUUGCACGAGGCCCUGCUUUACCAUCUCACACGUACGGACCCACGCCACAAUUUCUCCAUAUACUUCUACCACAUAUACAUUCACUACGAACGCGAGUUUUCGACCCUGGAAAAGCUGAUUGCCUUUCUGCCUCAAUUUAUAGUCCAGCUUAUUUUGAUUUUCCGCUUUGCGCUCGACUUGCCUUUCUGUUUCUUUCUGCAGACACUGGCAUUCGUAGCAUUUAACAAGGUCAUAACAGCACAAUACUUUGUGUGGUUUUUCUGUCUAUUGCCUCUAAUACUGCCAUGGAGCAAUAUGAAGCUUAAAUGGAGAGGCCUGGCUUGCUUGUCUUUGUGGAUUGGAGCUCAAACCCAUUGGCUGAUGUGGGGUUACCUGCUCGAAUUCAGGGGCAAGAACGUCUUUUUACAGCUAUGGCUGGCGAGUUUGUUAUUCUUGGCAGCUAAUACUUUCGUCAUUGUCAGUGUUAUCGGUAGCCAUCUAUACUGCCCUCUAUUCAACCGGUUGCACGAAGCAGAUCCGAUUGAAUCCACGAAACCCGACUAG